AAGAGAUGCGAUGCUCACGGAAAGAGGAAGGGAUGGCUGUGUUGUCUGAUGCGUGAACCCAGUUGAAGAUCAGGAGUAGAAUUUUGACUUCUUCCAGCAUUUUAUUUCCGCACAGCUGCGUUUCAUCGAACACUAACGGAAUACCUCUCAUCAGCUGCAAGCAGAUGUUGACUUAAACCUUUGAAUGGAAUGUUUUGGAAGACAACAAGGACUUUUUCAUCCACAUUUGAACAGCAGAAGCCAAUCAGAGCAAUAAAAAUAAAACAGCAGUGAAUCCUGUCGCAAUUGCUUCGGACAUUUUAUUCCAAGUGGAUAUGGAGGAAGUAAUGUUCAUAGAAGAUAGUUAAGUGCGGCAUGGCAACCUGGAUGAGAAAGUGCUCAGGUAUGACUCAGGAAGAAGUAGACGCGCUAUCUAUGAAGAUUGCUAUGAAGCAAGAACAACAUCUCAUACCUCUAAAAGAAGACUUGGCCGAUUGGCUCAAUAAAACUUUAGAAGUCGAAGACAUUACAGCUCAAAAUUUUAUGGACAAGUUGGACAAUGGAGUCAUUAUCUGUAAAUUAGCAAGACUUAUUCAACAAAAAGCGGAAGAGUGCAAGAGACGAGGACUUAUUACAGAAACCGUUCCAUCUGUCCGCUUCAAGUGUUGGGAGAACGCCAAGUCUGAAUCCUUUUAUGCCAGAGACAAUGCGGAUAACUUUAUACGAUGGUGUCGAAAAUUCGGGGUGCACGAAGCUGUCAUUUUCGAGUCAGACGGCCUGGUUCUACAUACCCAGCCCCGCACAGUGGUAUUGUGCCUCCUGGAGUUGGGACGCAUUGCCUCCAAGUAUGACAUUGAACCCCCUGGACUGGUCCAACUAGAGAAAGAGAUCGAUGCCCAAGAGGAAGAUAGGUCCUCUGAUGGGCUGAGUCCGAUAUCCACGGGCUCUUCUUCACCGAACUUGGUUCGGAGCCGGACCGAGUCCGCCCUGUCCCUAAACUCCUCAAGGAGCCUGCUCACCAGCCCCGACAGUGGUAUCGACAACAUCCACAACAUGAGACCGAGGAACAGGCUCUCCUACACGCCGCCCUCCUCUGCAGAGACCAAGAAGCAGCACAAACCCUCCGAGCUAGACAAAAAAGUUAUGAAGAUAGCAAAUAACGUCUGCAAAGAUAAUAUUCAGAUAAACCGUAUUUCUGAAGGAAAAUACUGCAUUGGGGGCAAGAAUGUUUUUGUUCGGUUGUUAAAGGGGCGUCAUGUGAUGGUCCGAGUGGGUGGAGGCUGGGAUACCCUGGAACACUUCCUGUCCCGCCACGAACCAUGCCAAGUCAUCGUGGUCAACAGAAAGAAUUCCUUGUCAGACGAAUACAUCUCUCUUGCUUGCAAUGGAUCACCAGAUUCCUUCUUGCACAUUCGAGCAAAAUAUAAAACACCUUUGUCGACUCCCACGACGCCAGAGUACAAGCAGCUAGCUUGAUGAAGGAAAUUGCAAGCAGAAACUUUGUAUCUAGACACAACUGUCCUUCAUUGGGAAGAAUUACUAGGCAAUGACUAUUGAUUUUCAAAAAGAUAAGUUUGUCACAACUUUCGAAUUAAUUUGUUAUAAAGUCAGUAUUAUAUAUAUAACUGCUUAAAAAGAUGAGAAAAUAAUUUGUAUUUAAAUAUUAUGAAUUAUGUACCAGUGCAUUCAAAAUGAGCAUUAUGAAUUUCAUAGAUUUCCUAUAUAAGUGCAGUGACAUUAAUAUCUAAAUAGUUUUAUUCUGUUAAAUUUUUAUAAUUUAUAUAAAUAAUUUAAUAUAAAAUUUUUUUGUUGUCAAAGAAGUACCUACCAUUCCCUGAAUCCUAUAAAAUUCCAAAAUUUACAAAUGCUUGAACAUUUAUUUGUUGCUAUAUAAAAUUAAAAGUUUCUAUUCAAUUAUAUUAUAUUGUAAGAUUUGCAAUUUCUAAAAUUCCAUAUAUAGCAUGUAUAUGAGCAUUAGCUUCAGUUUGAAAUAACAUUUUGUUUUAAUUCUUGUUUGAAAUUCAUAUCUUAGAUUGAAAUGGAGAUCUUUAAAUUCACAAUAUCUGAUAUUCUAUUGAAGCAACAGAAUUUAUUAACAACAGUACUUGAAUGCAAUGAAUUACUGGAAGAGAAAAUAAAUGUAGAAGUAAUCUGAGUUUAUUUCUUAAACUCAAUAUAAAGGAAUAACAUUGCCAAAGUGCAUCACAUUCUGAAAAUUUCAUAUUUGAAUUCUUCACCAAACAUGUUUAAUUUCAAAAAUAUUCUAGUACUGAUUGUUUAAAAAUGAAGGACAGUGUGUGCGUGUGACUGUAAAUGAUGAAAACUCUUUGAGAAAUACAUAUAUUUUGUCUUUAAAAUUCCAUUGUUAACAUGCAUUCCAUGUGUUAACAAAAGGAACAAUAAAUAUUAUGCAGUACUGACUCUGAAUAUGCUUAAGUUUUGCAUUUUAUUUUAUUCUCAGCAAAAAGUGAUAUGUGUAGUGUCGUCUAUAAUUAUCUGUAACUACACUAAACCAUGUGUUAUAAAGUUUGAAUUUUGUAUUAUAUUCUUGUCCACUGUGGUGUCAUAUGGUAUUAAAGGAGAAAAUAAUACAGAUGAAAAAAAGAGUCAUAAUUCUGAACCUCAGUAUCCUCUACACAUUUUAUAACAAGAGAAAAAUAUCCUGCAUUUCAUAUUAAUAAAAUAAUACAACAAAAUUCUGAAAACAGAUUAUAAGUUUUAUAUAUUCAUUAUUUUUGUUAUAGCAAUUAAUGACUUAUCAGAAAUAAAUAGUUUAUGGUUAUCAUAUUAAUAUAUUCAGUGGCAUUUUUGUUUCUCUUAAAAUAACUAAACUUAUAAAAUUUACCAUAUCUCCCAAAAUGCGUAUUCUCCAAUGCAAAUAAAUAAAGCUACAAAGUAUUUUAUAUUAAAGAAUAUUCUAGUAUUAGUGUCUUCUUGGAAAUGCAGCUUAUGCUCUUAAUUUACAUAGAUGCAUUGAUUUUAUAUCUGAUGUGUUAAAAUGCUUGUAAUUUUAUGUUUUUUAAAAUCUACAUAAAACCAUCCAUCUUUGAGCAACUUAAACUUACAUUGCACAAUGUCUUAUAUUUGCAACUCAAUCUUUUUUUAAUAUUUUCAACUACUUUUGAAUAACUUAAUAAACUGAUUAUUAAAACAAUUUACUUCAGUUUUUAGUUAAAAAAAAGAAAUAUUUAUUACACAGUAUUUUUCUUUCAGUAUUCCUUACAUUCAUUAAUUCAAUUAUUAAAUUGAAUUAUUUCAUAAAAUAAAAUUUUAAAGUUUUUAGUUUUAGUUCUAUUAUUUUUAUACCAUUCUUAUUUUAUUCACAUGAAAAUAGUUUAUAAUUAUUUGGCUUAAAUAUCAUACAGUUUUGAAGCUUUUCAAAUGAAUUAGAUUAAUAUUUAAGCCAAUAAUGCUGAGCUAGAAAUAUUUGAUGCAUUAUUACAUAUAGUAAUUACAGUCUAAUGAUGAGAUAUGUAAUUUAGUAAUAUGUCAGUUAAAUACUUCUGAGAAAGAAUAAUGACCAAAUUUCGAAUCAAAUAUUUACAUAGUAAAUUCCAAGAUUCGACUAUUAAAAAAAUUUGUAGAAAUCACAAUCCUAAGUAAUUCUUAAUUUAUAUCAGAUUGUACAGAUAUAAAAAAAAAUCUUUCAAUCAUAUAGCAUAUAGAAAGAAAAUUAUCAGAUUUCAUAUACAGAGACAAAAAUUAUAGCAAAAUUUAGAUAACAAUAUGAAAAAUCACCAUACACACAAAAUCAUCUCUUUCAACAUAUCUAAAUUCAUCUAAAAUUUCCAUGUAACGACUGUUUUCAUCCUAUUGAAAUGUCUUUCUCAGCAUUAAUACUACCUAAUAUAAUUGAACUUUGUCAUGUGAAAUAUGUUACUCACCUGAAAUUUGUGAUGUGUAAUAAGUUACUCACUGAAUAAAUAAAUUUGUAGUAUACAGUAUAUCUUAAUUAUGAUGCAUCUAUUUUUCUUCUAAUGCCAAUAAGUGUUCAAUUAUUGGAAUCGCAUGGAGAGUGUACAUUUAUUAUUUUAGCUAUUAAUAUUCAUUAUCACAUUUAGUAAAUGAUUUUUUUUAAUGUGUGAGUGCAUUUCAGUUUUCAUUUGUUAUGAAGAGCUUAGUACAUAUAACAUUCGACUGAUAUUGUUGUGUUUUCUAUGUAAUAUAGAGUUGAGUUAUAUCUUUUAAUAAUUUCUGUGGAAUGUGUUACAAUAAAUAUUGAUUUUGGCUUUUUA